UUUGCCAAGUGCGCAACAGUUUCUUCUUCCCUUCACGGAUCUAAACAACGAAUGCGCCGCAGUAAUCUUUUAUCCAAUGUAUUUUCAUACAUAUUUCCUAUAAACCCGGCAAGAAAAAAUUCAGUUUUUUUUUUCUCCGUAAAUCUCCAUUGAUACAACCUUCUUUUAUCUUCUCCUUCUUCAGUUUAUGUUGCCUUAACCGUUUUAGGCAGAAAUAUUACUUACAAGAACAAGAAAGCUUUGUCUUUUACCUCUUGUACAAACAAGUUUGUUUUUCCAGGAAGGUAAAGACAGAAUAGUAUCUUCACACUCCCAUGGCUACCAUAAACGAGAUUGGAGUAGCAGCAGCAAUAAAUAUAGUCACAUCAAUUGCUUUCUUGAUAGCUUUUGCAAUACUCAGGAUUCAACCAGUAAACGACAGAGUCUACUUCCCUAAGUGGUACCUCAAGGGCCUAAGAACUAGCUCUAUACAAACCGGUGGCUUUGGAAGCAAGUUCAUCAACUUGGACUUCAGGUCCUAUGUUCGAUUCCUCAACUGGAUGCCUGAAGCACUUAAAAUGCCUGAACCAGAGCUCGUUGAUCACGCAGGACUUGAUUCUGUUGUCUACUUGAGGAUCUACUUACUCGGGCUCACGAUCUUUUUCCCCAUAGCUUGCGUUGCUUUUACCACAAUGGUGCCUGUUAAUUGGACAAACAAGGGAUUGGAUGGGUUGAAGCACUCUAAUAUAAGUUAUAGUGAUAUUAUAAGUUAUAGUGAUAUUGAUAAGCUCUCUUUGUCAAAUAUACCAAAUGGAUCAGACAGAUUUUGGGUGCAUUUGUGUAUGGCUUAUGCAAUCACCUUCUGGACGUGCUUUAUGCUGAAAAGAGAGUAUCAGAAUAUAGCUUUGAUGAGGCUACAGUUUCUUGCAAAUGACGAAAGGAGACCCAACCAGUUCACUGUGCUGGUGAGAAACAUUCCUGUAGAUCCUCAUGAAUCAAUAUGUGAACUUGUUGAGCAUUUCUUUAAGGUCAACCAUCCAGAUCAUUACCUCACUUUCCAGGCAGUCCAUGACGCAACCAAACUCUCUGAAUUGGUUCAGACAAGGAAACAAAUGCAGAAUCUGCUUGAUUACAAUAUUAACAAACACAUGAGAACUCUAACUAAAAGACCAGUAAUAAAGAUGGGUUUUCUUGGCUGUUGCGGUGAAGAAGUUGAUGGAAUCAAGUACUACACGUCAAUGGUCGAGAGUCUAACAAGAGAAAUAACUGAGGAGAAACAUAGGUUAAGGACCGGGACAAAGUCGAUAGUCCCUGCAGCUUUUGUCUCUUUCAAGAGUCGUUGGGGAGCAGCGGUUUGUGCUCAAACUCAACAGUCAAGAGAUCCAACAGAGUGGCUAACCGAGUGGGCUGCAGAGCCAUGUGACAUCUACUAUGAUAAUCUGGCAUUGCCAUAUGUCGACCUUAAGAUAAGGAGGAUAAUAGUCGCCGUGGCAUACUUCUUCCUCACCUUCUUCUUCAUGAUCCCAAUAGCAUUUGUACAGUCACUCGCCAACAUUGAAGGGAUAGAGAAGAAUUUUCCAUUCUUGAAGCCCCUUAUAGAAGUGAAGUUUUUCAAGUCUAUCAUUCAAGGCUUCCUUCCAGGGAUUGCCUUGAAGAUCUUUCUCAUGUUGCUCCCAAGAAUAUUGAUGCAAAUGUCGAAAUUUGAAGGUUUUAUCAGCACAUCCUCAUUAGAAAGAAGAGCCGCAAGUAGAUUCUAUAUGUUCCAAUUCAUCAAUGUUUUCCUUGGAAGCAUUGUCACCGGGACUGCGUUUCAGCAGCUCAACAGCUUCCUUAACCAGUCUGCAAACGAUAUUGCAAAGACAAUUGGCGUCUCGAUUCCAAUAAAAGCGACCUUCUUUGUAACAUACAUAAUGGUGGAUGGAUGGGCAGGUGUUGCUGGGGAGAUACUGAGGUUGAAGCCGCUCAUAAUCUAUCAUCUAAAGAACUCUUUCCUGGUUAGAACAGAGAAAGAUAGGGAAGAAGCAACUGAUCCUGGAACCAUAGGAUUCAACACUGGUGAGCCUCAAAUACAACUCUACUUCCUUCUUGGUCUUGUUUAUGCAGCAGUUAGCCCUAUCCUUCUUCCCUUUAUCAUCCUCUUCUUUGCCCUGGCUUACGUCGUGUACCGUCAUCAGGUUAUAAACGUGUACAACCAAAAGUAUGAGAGCGCAGGGAAGUUCUGGCCUGACGUUCACAGGCGUGUGGUGACCGCACUGAUAGUUUCGCAGCUGCUCUUGAUGGGUCUACUAAGCACGAAAGGAGCUCAUAAGUCUACUCCUUUGCUUCUUGUGCUUCCAGUUCUAACCAUCGGUUUCCACAUUCACUGCAAAUGCCGUUACCAAUCUGCCUUUGUCACAUACUCUUUAAAGGAAGCCACGAUCAAAGAUACACUGGAGCGCACGCGUGAGCCAAACCUAAACCUCAAGGCUUUCUUUAGAAAUGCGUACGCCCAUCCAGAGUUCAGAGUUGGAGAAAAUCUGGAUCUAGAGAUGGCCAUGGAGAAGCCUGAUAAGCUGCCAGAGCUAGUGGCCACUAAGCGUGGCUCAUGGAGGAACACUUCUUUGCCUAGCAAACAUAUCUGACCUUAUUCACCCUGCUGCUGGCUUUUCAACCUUUAACUGUGAUUCUUUUAUGUUCUUGUACAUAUGAACAAUUGUAUUAAAUGCAAGGAGAAAAUACUAUUGAAGAACCA